ACUGAAAUGUCAUUUCAAAUAAAUAAAAAAAUUUAAAAAAGGAAAAAAGAGAUUAGUACGCCUCUCUAUGAUUUUGAACUAUAUCUCUCUCACGGCUAAGUCGCAUGUCGAAGAGGAUAAUGGGUGGGACGACAUGAAGAGGUGGCAUGUAUCAAAAGACACAAACGCCUGCAUAUCUAAAAAAAUCUCUUCCACAAAAUGGAGAGGCAUAUGGAUAUUUAACUGAAUCACUGAUCCACUCCUAGUCAGCCAGCUGGUCCCUCCGCACUGACCAUGCCAGGCUUCUCUCUCCCAGUGUUCCCUAAACAAAUUAACACUCUGAAUAAUGUAUGAUCCGUCUCAUGUGAUGAUUUUCAGUUUUGGCACAAUGAACAAUUAAAAGUGCCGUUUGAAAUUCCUCUACCCAAUUCAAUAUGAUUUAGCAUCCAGCCUCCUUAAACCCGUGUGGCAUAUGACCUCUUAUUAAAUUGUGUGUGCUACGGUGUUACCUUGAAACCCGAUGCCUGAGUAUUUCCUUUUUGUGUUUUAUGCUGGAGUAUCUUUUUUUAAUGGAUCGGGCCACACGAACUAGUAGAUCCAGUCAUUUAAGAAUAUAUGACUGUAAGAAAAUGGUUGUUUUCUCGGGCUGUCCUUAAUAGAUUGUUCAGGAAUCAUCACCAAUUUCCAAAAGAAAAAGGGUAAAACGGUGAAGUCAUCUUCCAUCAUUUUGAAUAUAAACUUUUAGAAGUGGGAAGAGACACAGGACUGCUGCAGCCCACCCAAUUUGUUAUCCACAUGUUCCACGGACGAGGUCCACUGUGCUGUGUUCCAUUUUUCUUCGCAAAUUUUGUGCCUUUAGUCUCUUUAUUAAUGAUUCAAUUUAGCAUUGCGCAUUCCUGUAAAAUUCAACUAAGUAUCUUCAGCUCAGGGAGGGGACCUAAUCACUUAGAUGAAAGGAUCAGAAAGCCCGGGUGAAGAGGUUUCACGUUCGCAAAAAUACUUGAAAUGGAUGGUUAAUUGUAGCUAGGCACAUUCUAAAAUUUCAGAGCUUGGACCAUUGGGAUUAAUAUUCGAUUGCAAUUAACUAAUUUCAGAGCUUGAAUAAAAUAAGAUGCAUCAUCCUAUAUAACACAAAACUAAAUUUUGGGCUAUAAAGAAAGACCUCUAUUAAGCUAGAAGAAAAGAUCUGAUUCUUAAUUAUUUUGAGUUUCUUUUUCCCCUCUUAAAUGUUUAACUUAAUCAGAAAGGUACUAAUCUAGACAAGCACGAAAUAUGGACUUUAUAAUUUAGUAUUAGAAAAUGGAAUAUGAAUGUUACUACUCUACUCUUAUCGAUGAUGGAUAAUAUAAUCUAAAAGAAAAUUUCGGAUAGGAGUAAACUAAAAAUUAGCCAAAGCACAUGACAAAAAUGUAAGCUUCAUCGAAGCCCACCACUCAGCUGAGCGUGCUGCUUGUUUACCAACAACAGUGGGUACGGAUAAGAAUAAUAACACGUGGUUCAAACUUCCCCAAUCGCGAAUGGUGACGCACACGAUGAGUUUUUUAACCUUGUUCUUUUCCAAACAUGUUCUCCAUUCUCCAUUGUUUUUCUUUUCUUUUUUUAUAUUUUAUUUUGGGGUUCUGUUAAUCUUUUUCUUUUCUUAGUGGAAGCAUAAGGGAGAAAAAAAAAGGCAGUGAUCAGAAUCAAAAGAUAAAAGGGUUGAAAUGCUCUCUCCUCUCUCUCAAAUCUCAUUGGUCUCUCUCCAUAUCUCCUCUUUCUAAUAAACUUCGUCUUCAUAAUACAUGUGUUUUUUCCCUUUUUCAAUUUAUGCACCUGAAUCCAUCAAUGGAGGAUGAAGUUCCUUCGUGGUUGCAGUCCCUUCAUGUCUCCACUCACUUCCUUACCUUCUUCUUCUUUAUAAUCUUCUUGUGUUUGUCGUAUAUCAUAUAUUUCCAAUCUCUAAGACCGAAGCUAUGGUGUAAUUGUGAAAUUUGCCACAGCUAUGUUACCUUGAGUUGGUCCAAACAAUUCCACAAUCUGUGUGAUUGGUACACUCAUCUCCUCCGAAACUCCCCAACUCAAACUAUCCACGUACAUGUGCUGGGCAACACCAUCACUGCAAACCAGGAUAACGUGGAGUAUAUGCUCAAGACUAGAUUUGAGAAUUACCCAAAGGGGAAACCCUUCUCCGCAAUCCUUGGGGACUUCCUGGGUAGGGGUAUUUUCAACGUGGACGGAGAAUUAUGGAGGUUUCAAAGAAAAAUGGCAAGUCUAGAGCUUGGAAGGACCUCUAUACGGUCCUAUGCAUUCGAGAUUGUCAAUUACGAGAUCGAACGCAGGCUUCUCCCACUUUUAUGGUCGGUUGCGGGCAACGAAGGUGGAGUUUUGGAUUUGCAAGAUGUGUUCAGAAGGUUCUCUUUUGAUAGCAUAUGCAGAUUCUCCUUUGGGUUGGACCCUGGGUGCCUAGAGUUGUCCCUCCCCAUCUCAGAAUUUGCCGAUGCCUUCGACCUAGCAUCCAAAUUGUCGGCAGCCAGAGCCAUGGCUGCGUCCCCGCUGGUUUGGAGGAUCAAACGUGUGUUGAACCUAGGUACUGAGAAGAAACUGCGAAAAGCCAUUAAACUGAUCAAUAUUCUUGCCCAAGAGGUCAUAAAGCAGAAGCGUAAAAUGGGCUUUUCUGCCCAUAAGGAUCUUCUUUCAUUGUUCAUGAGAAACCUAAACGAUGACACAUACCUGAGAGACAUCGUCAUAAGCUUCCUAUUAGCUGGCCGCGACACAGUUGCUUCAGCUUUAACCAGCUUCUUCUGGCUGUUGUCCAACCACCCGAAGGUGGGGGCAGCAAUUAGGUCGGAGGCGGACAAAAUCAUUGGUCCGGAUCAAGAGGUUACAAGCUUCGAGCAAAUGCAAGAACUCCACUAUUUACAGGCAGCAGUGCAUGAGAGCAUGAGACUCUAUCCACCGAUACAAUUCGAUUCAAAAUUCUGUCAGGAAGACGAUGUGCUACCCGAUGGAACAUUUGUACAAAGAGGCACAAGAGUUACUUACCACCCCUAUGCAAUGGGUCGGAUAGAAGGGAUCUGGGGCCCUGACUGUUUAGAAUUCAAGCCAGAACGGUGGCUCAAGGAUGGUGUCUUUUUCCCAGAAAACCCAUUUAAGUACCCAGUUUUCCAAGCGGGGAUAAGGGUCUGUUUGGGAAAGGAAAUGGCUCUGAUGGAGUUCAAAAGUGUGGCUCUUUCAUUGGUCCGACGCUUCCACAUCGAAUUGGCUGCCCCGUGUCCCAUUCCUCGGUUCUCUCCCGGACUCACCGCCACUUUUGGCAGCGGUCUCCCGGUUUUGGUACGAGGAAGAACAAUCACAUAGUAAUUCAUGCCUCCAUUAUUUUCUACAUACUGCACUUAGAAGUGCAAUAUUAUAUGGAUGGCGCAUAUUAGCACUUUCUGAAAUAUGUGAAAUAUUGUACCAUGCACCGAUGGGAGGAGUGCGAAAUGUGAAUCACAGCGAAGUGACAUAGAUCUAUCGCCCAACCUGGGCAUGCACCCCUUUUUACCAGCAUCACUAUCUGGUUUGAUGUCCAGAUUGGAACUUUAUUUUGUGUGUAUAAAGUUAAAUGAUGGUGAAGAUGACCGGCUAGCUUUGUGUUUUUUCUGUGGUAGAGAUUUUUUCUCACGGGGUCUUAUCUCUGCCGUCGGUCCCACACGCUUCAAUAUUCUUAUACAUAUUGCCUUGUAAACUUUUGGGAAGGACGCCAAUCUCAUGUAAUGUAAGCAACAAAGCUUGUUUCCGUUGUUCACUACAAGACUACAUUGUAAUUCCAUCCUUGAGUUAGUCGGCAGUUCACAUGCAUUAGGGUUUAGUCCUGCCAUACCCCCACUGUGUUUUUAAGACUAUUUGUCCGCUUGUAUCUCGAAACCCUAAGAAGCUUUGGGUUGUAAGCGAGUAGCUCUUAAAUUUUCGAUGCUCAAUGCUGUAUUUCGCUAGAGCUAUUAUAA